AGCCCUCGCGAAAGUGCAGCUGAGCACCAUUGACAUGCAGCAUCGCUCGCAGGUUGCCAGGGCAACGUCGCUGGCGUCUGCUGCCACCGACGACCUUGUCAUCGUCUACAACAGAGUGCCAAAGACGGGCAGCACGUCGUUCAUGGGCGUCGCCUACGACCUGUGCACCGCGAACAAGUACACGGUGUUGCACCUGAACACGACGAGAAACAUGCACGUCAUGUCCGUAGCCGACCAGAUGCGGUUCGUACAGAACGUGACGCAGUGGACGGCGAAGAAGCCGGCGAUCUACCACGGUCACAUAGCCUACCUGGACUUCGCCAAGACGUUCGAUGAGUGUGUAGAUAUAGGUGGCGCUGACUGUGAUCCCGGAAACAUGUGGAUGCAAGUUCCGUUCUUCUGCGGCCAUGACUCUAAUUGCUGGGAGCCCGGCAACCCGUGGGCGCUGCAGCAAGCCAAGCACAACCUAGUCAACAAUUACUUUCUCGUGGGGCUGACUGAGGAGCUAGGCGACUUCGUCUCCAUUCUAGAAGUGAGCCUCCCGCGCUUCUUCAAGGGCGCGCAGGAACUUUACACCUCUGGUAAGAAAUCUCAUCUGCGGAAGACCUUCAACAAGGCGUCACCGGCGCCGGAGACCAUUGCGAAGAUCGAAGCAACGCGUGUGUGGCAGAUGGAGAGCGAGUUCUACGAGUUUGCGCGCGACCAGUUUCACUUUCAGAAGAAGCGGACUAUGGUCGAGACGGACGGCGUGCUCGUUGACAGGGGUCAGCAGUUCAUGUUCGAGAAGAUCCGGCCGAAAUAGGACGUCGGAAAAUGGCUCCCUUCUCCGGGAAUGUUCCACGGGAGGGGGAGGGGGCCGAAAUAGGACGUCGAAAAAUGGCUUCCUUCUCCGGGAAUGUUUCUACGGGAGGAGGGAGGAGGGGGAGAGGUGGUCGCCGUGGUGGAGACGCUGGCUUCCUUCUUCUCCGGGAAUGUUCCACGUGAGGGAGAAGGUAGAGGCGGCCGCCGCUUUGGGGUCACUCCUGGGAAUGCUCUACGGAAGGAGGGGCGGCAAACAUGGCUGCCACUCUGGAGACACUAGCUCCCUUCUCCGAAAAAAUGUUUCUACGGAAGGAGGAGGGACAGACAAAGAUGGACGCCGAGAUGGAAGCGCGGCCAUCUGCAUGUCGUGUGACGUCAUCGUCGUGUGAUUCGCCGCUCUGGAACGUCUGAGUUGCUGCGUGGAUCGAGUCGAGUUUUUUUCACACCCGCCUGUGACGUAUCGACGGCAUCGGAGACGGAGACGGCAUCGCAUUUCUCGUAUGAACAGCCGCUACUCGACAGUAAAGCUGGCAGCACUAGCGGCUAAGCGCCACGUGUUACAUGCUGGCUGAUGCGACCCCGUACUGUUACCCCCGUAACAUCGCAGGGCCGCGGGUGGGGCGGUGAUGGAAGGGUGGGGCAAUAAUGCAGUUGCAAUGUUGCAAUGUUGCAAUGAUGCAAUGUAAGUACUAUCGCAUGGUUAUCAUGAUUGAUUGAUCGCAUUGAUUGAUUGAUUGCAUUGAUUGAUUGAUCGCAUUGAUUGAUUGAUCGCAUUGAUUG